CUGAGAACCUUUAAAACUAUGUUAUCCAAUAAGUAAUUAUUACUUAUUGAUUACACACCUGUAAUCCCAGCACUUGGGAGGCUGAGGCGGGCAUAUCAUUUGAGGUCAGAAGUUUGAGACCAGCCUGGCCAACAUGGUGACACCCCGCCUCUACUAAAAAAAAAAUACAAAAAAAAUUAGCCAGUGCUGGUAAUCCCAGCUACUUGGGAGGCAGAGGCGUGAGAAUCGCUUGAACCCAGGAGGCAGAGGUUGCAUUGAGCGCAGAUUGUGCCACUGGACUCCAGCCUGGAUGAAAGAGACCCCCUCUAAAAAAAAAAAAAAGGCAUCCAAGGCAGUGGGACAUCUGGCUUCUGAAUGGGAACCUUUAUAGCACCAGCGACCAAAGAGAGAAUUAAAUAUGGGUGAUGUUGAAAAAGGCAAGAGAAUUUUUGUUCAGAAGUGUGCCCAGUUCCACACUGUUGAAAAGGGAGGCAAACAGGUGGCUGGGUCAAAUCUCCAUGGUCUCUUUGUGGGGAAGACAGAUCAGGCCAUUGGAUUCUCUUAUACAGAGGCCUAUAAGAACAAAAGCAUCUCCUGGGGAGAGGAUACACUCAUGGAGUAUUUGGAGAAUCCCAAGAAGCACAUCCCCGGAACAAAAAUGAUCUUCGCAGACAUGAAGAACAAGGCAGAAAGGGCAGCCUUGAUAGCUCAUCUCAAAAAAAGCUACCAAUGAAUAAUAACAGGCUGGAGUGCAAUGGUGCGAUCUCAACUCACUGCAACAUCCGUCUCCCCUGUUCAAGUGAUUCUCCUGCCUCAGCAUCCCAAGUAGCUGGGAUUACAGGUGCCCGCCACCACGCGCAGCUAAUUUUUGUAUUUGUAGUAGAGAUGGGGGUUUCACCAUGUUGCCGGGCUGGUCUCGAACUCCUGACCUCAGGUGAUCAGCCCGCCUUGGACUCCCAAAGUGUUGGGAUUAUAAGCGUUAAGCCAUCACGCCCGGUGAAAUUUUUUCUUGGAAAUUAUUGCUCCCAUUAUUGAGAAUCACUAGGCGUAAUGGCAACUCUGUGGUAAUAAUGUUUCUAAAAGCUUCA